UAAGAAGAAUGGAUCCUCCGAAUCUCCUCCUCUUGCUUCUUCUCACCUUUGCUUCCACCAUUAACGCCCAACUCCUGGCAAACUACUGUGGUUCGACCGGCAACUUUACGGCUGACAGCGCCUACCAAACCACCCUCACCAACCUCCUCACCUCCAUCUCCACCAACUCCUCGUUGCUCAACUACGGCUUCUUCAAUGCCUCCUCCGCCGUCUCCGGCACCUCCCAAACCCUCUAGGUCAUCGGCUCCUGCCGUGGUGACCUCGCUGCCGAGAGCUGCCGCACCUGCCUCGAAACCUCGGCCUCCGACAUACGCCGCCUCUGCCCCCUCCAGAAGGAAGCGGUCCUCUACAGCGAGUUCUGCAACGUUAGAUACUCUGACGCCUCGAUCUUCAGCACAGCUACGAUUGAACCCAACUACAUUUUGGUCAACGUGAACAACGCCGCAAGCGAGGUCACGUACACGCUGGGGGAAGAGAUGAAAGGUCUGCAGGGCGAGGCAGCCGGCAGUGGCUCACUGAGGAAGUUUGCUACGAGGAGCAUGCCUGUGGGGCCUGACACGGUUUACGCAAUGGCGCAGUGCACACCAGAUUUGACAAAGGAGCAAUGCAUUGAGUGCCAAACGAAAAUCAUCGAGAGCGUCAAGGGACAUUAUCUCGGGAAGGCAGGAAUGAGGGCCCUGGCGCCGAGUUGCCAGUUCCAUUACGAGACCAAUAAUUUGUUCGUUGGCCCAAUUGCCGAGCCACUUCCGCCUCCGGCUCUGCCGCCUCCGCCUCCAAGAAAAAGCAACAAAUCUACCAUGAUAACCAUCGCCAUUACCGUUCCUAUUGGAGGUGUUAUGGUCCUUGUCGUUUCUAUUUGUUGUUUGCUUCGAAGAAAGAGAAAGAAGACACAUGAAGUCGUCAAAGGAAAAGACGGUGCAAAUGAACUUACCACUGUGGAGUCCUUGCAAUUUGACUUCGCUACAAUGCAAGCAGCGACAAAUGAUUUCUCUUGGAUUUGGUGAAGUUUUCCAGGGUAGAUUUCUGGAUGGACAGCAAAUUGCCGUGAAGAGGCUAUCUCGAAGCUCUAGACAAGGUGAUGAAGAAUUCAAAAAUGAAGUUCUAUUAGUUGCAAAGCUUCAACAUAGAAACCUUGUACGACUACUUGGAUUUUGCUUGGAGGGGGACGAAAAGCUACUCGCCUACGAGUUUGUGCCAAAUAAAAACCUUGAUUACUU